AUGGAUACCAAAUUGAACUUGCUCGCCGUUCUUACUCUUGUUUCAAUUCAAUCUCAUCUUCAAUUUUUUCCAACGUUUAUCGGGGCUGCCAAAAGUAAUGUGCAUAUUGUGUACAUGGGUGAGAAAAAGCAUGAAGAUCCAACAAUAACCAAAAUGUCUCACUACAAAAUGCUGUCCAACUUGCUUGGAAGCAAGGAAGCAGCAAAAAAUUCAAUGCUUUACAGCUAUAAACAUGGCUUUUCUGGGUUUGCUGCAAGGUUGACAGAAUCUCAGGCAGAGGAAAUUGCAGCAUUUCCUGGUGUUGUCCAAGUGAUUCCUAAUCGCAUUCACAAGCUUCAUACAACCCGAAGCUGGGAAUUCAUGGGGCUAAAUGGUCAUUCUCCAGAAAAUCUUUUAACUAAAAGCAACAUGGGUGAAGGAAUAAUCAUUGGUGUAAUAGACUCAGGAGUGUGGCCAGAAUCUGAGAGUUUCAAUGAUAGGGGCAUGAGUCCAAUUCCAUCUCGUUGGAAAGGAAUAUGCCAAGAGGGACAGCUGUUCAACUCCUCAAAUUGUAACAAGAAACUUAUUGGAGCUCGCUGGUUCAUCAAAGGCGUCUUGGAUCAAAACCAAACGCCCAUAAAUAUAAGUAGUGGAGAGGAUAUUCUAUCAGCAAGAGAUAGCUCUGGGCAUGGCACUCAUACAGCUUCCACAGCAGCUGGUAAUUUUGUAGAAAACGCAAAUUAUGAAGGACUAGCUACGGGUUUGGCUAAGGGAGGAGCUCCUCGAGCUCACUUGGCAGUUUACAAGGUUUGUUGGUCAUUUGGACCUGGAGGGUGUACUGAUGCUGAUCUUCUGAAAGCAUUUGACAAAGCGAUACAAGAUGGAGUAGAUAUCCUAUCCGUGUCCAUUGGCAAUUCUAUACCUUUGUUUUCCUAUGCGGAUCAACGUAAUUCAAUUGCAAUCGGUUCCUUCCAUGCAACUGCAAAGGCCAUUACCGUAGUUUGCUCAGGGGGGAACGAUGGUCCUACUGCAAUGACAGUUGAAAACACUGCUCCCUGGAUUAUCACUGUCGCCGCUACCACUAUAGACAGGGCCUUCCCAACGGCCAUUACACUUGGAAAUAACCACACUCUCUGGGGGCAAUCUGUUGACAUUGGAAUACAUAACCAUGGAUUCACUAGCAUUACAUUCUCUGAUCGCAUUGCCUUAAACUCCAGUGAUGAUUCAGCCCUAGGAUGCGAGCGAGGAAGUCUCAAUGCAACAUUAGCAGCAGGGAAGAUCAUACUUUGUUUUUCACAAUCAAGUACACAGAAUAUAUUUACUGCUGCAAUUUCUGUGCUGGAAGCAGGAGGGAUUGGACUUAUUUUUGCCCAGUAUAGGAGUGAUGGACUUGACUCAUGCCGUUAUAUACCAUGCAUCAAAGUAGAUUAUGAAGUAGGGACACAGAUACUUUCCUACAUUAGAAAAGCAAGGUCUCCAAUUGCCAAGCUGAGUAUUCCAAAGACAGUUAUAGGGAAAUUUGUAUCUCCUAGAGUUGCAGAUUUCUCAGCCAGAGGACCUAGUUCAAUAUCCCCAGCAGUGCUGAAGCCUGACAUAGCUGCACCAGGUGUGGACAUCCUAGCUGCAUAUAUACCAGUUGGCACAGAAAAAGGCAUUGGAUAUGCAUUCCUAUCAGGAACUUCAAUGUCUUGCCCCCAUGUUGCAGGCAUAGCAGCUCUAAUCAAAACUGUACAUAAGAAUUGGUCUCCUGCCGCCAUAAAAUCAGCUCUAGUCACCACGGCUUCCCAAACAGGAACAGAUGGUUCAAAUAUAGCUGAGGAGGGCUCAACUCGUAAGGCAGCAGACCCAUUUGACAUGGGCGCAGGACUUGUGAAUCCGAACAAGGCAGUUGAUCCAGGGCUCAUAUAUGACGCUGGAAUAGAGGAUUAUGUCCAGUUCCUUUGCGGCACUGGCUUCAGCAGCAGGUCCGUCAGCAGUUUAACCCACACCAAAAUCAAUUGCACAAAAAGCAGACAAAAUGAGUUGAACCUCAACCUUCCAUCCAUCACUAUUCCAUACCUCAAAAGGAAAGUAACAGUGUUCAGAAAGGUAACGAAUGUCGGACCCGUUGCUUCAGUGUAUAAAGCGACGGUGCAAGCUCCAGAAGGCAUAAAGCUGAAAGUAAAGCCCCAAAUAUUAAGCUUCAACAAAACCACCCAAAUUCUACCCUUUAAAGUCACCUUUUUCUCGACUCAGAAAGUAUAUGGAGAUCAUGGAUUCGGGAGCCUGAUAUGGACAGAUGGCAAGCAUAUUGUCCGGAUUCCUAUAUCAGUACGCGCUAUUCCGUUUUAG